GCCCCGUCGCCGCCGGCUCGGCGCGUGGGAAGCGACGCGCCACUUCCGGUCUGCGCAGCGGCGCUUCCUGCUCCUUCGCGGGAUACCCGUGGGCCUCAUGGAAGUCAAGGCUCCUGGGAGUGUGACACCCAGGAAGCCAGUCUUAGCUGUCAGUGCGAGAAAACUUAAGGACAAUGCGGCUGACUGGCACAACUUAAUCCUGAGAUGGGAAACCCUGAACGACUCGGGCUUUGCUGUUGCAAAUAAUAUUGCCAACGUGAAAAUCAGCUUCCUGAGUAAAGAUGAGAUAGAAUUAGAGGGCAGCUAUCCGGCUUCCAGUGAAGGUGCUGAGAAGAUGUUUCCGGAAUAUAGUCAGGAGCUGGAGGGGCUGUGUGAGGAGCUGCAGGCCACCCUGGAGGCUUUGACCAAAAUCCAGGGGAAAAUGGAAAAGCUAUCUUCAACCACCAAAGGGAUCUGUGAACUAGAAGACUACCACCACAAGGAGGAUCAGAAACGGGCCCCUUUAUUCCACACGUGGCCCACAACCCAUUUCUACGAGGUGGCACGCAGGCUUGCGGACAUGUACCGGCAGGAGCUGCUCCUGAAACGCACCAUCGGGGCAGAACUGGCCCACACGGCCGACCGGGACCUCACUCUGAGCUACCUGUCCAUGUGGCUGCACGAGCCCUACGUGGAGGCCAACAGCAAGCUGCUGCUGGAGAGCAUGCUGCUCGAGACGGGGCACCGAGCUCUGUGAGCCCCGCUGCAGGCACUCACCCCGGCUUUCCCGGCGGACGGAGAGCGGUGGUCUGCUCUGUAGAACCCAGAGCCAGAACCCGAGGCCCUGCCCUGCACACCAGCCCGGCCACCGCUCCCCUUGGCUCUUCCGGCACCAGGUUCUACAUGGCCCCCGCUGCUCCGUCUUCCCUCCACAUACUGUCACCUGCCACUCGGUGUCACCUGCACUUCCCUUUCUGUGUGAAGUAAAGGAGUUUGUCUAAAGAA